CACAACCCUGGUUGCUAAGGAAGUGACAAGAUGAGAGUUUUUGUUGACAGUAUCCAAGGAAACGAAUCCUGGAAGCAGGAGCACGUGUGCCUGGCUGCAGGACGCUGGUGAGGAUGCUGACCACCAGGAUGCUACAACACACAAAAAGUGUGACCCAGAGAAACGAUCUGCUGCGGGUUGCGGAGAUGGAACUACAACGGGAGCAGGCGCUCAAUAUCCACAAUGCAUGGAAGGAGGACGCCAGGGGAACCAUCGCCAGUCGGAUCCAGAGACGUCAGAGUGCACUGGUGCGUCAGGAACUUAAGAUGGCGAAUAAGGAACUAGUAUUGGUUCGUAGAGCAGCUUUACAGCGCCUCCUGCAGGACGAACACCGGCAGUACCAGGAGGAGCUGAUCAGGCUGGGAAAGACCUUCUUUGGACAGAGACUGUGAGAUCCACAGCACGGCUUCCAGGCUGCCAGUUAGCUGUUAGCACAACACUAUGAAUAAAAUACCAUCCGUGAGGACUGUCAGUAACAGCAUAGCUGCAUUUCAUUCUCCAGCAGUGACCUAAUCCUGUGCCCAGUAUUACAUUCUCUAUACUACAGUACUCAUUCCAAUUGUAAAACGCAACCGAAUGUGCUGCGCUAUAUAAGACACUGUUUACAAAUAAAUAUAAAGCUUACUAAGCA